AAUAAUAAUAAUCCGGAAGUAUUGUGAAGAAAGCUGGAGGUGGGAAAAUAGUUCCUUGCACUUUCCAAAGAGGAGAGAGAAAGUUUGCUUCUGGAAACUUGGCACUGAUAUGCUACUGUUAAGAUCCCAGGAACGGGAACCAAGAUGGUGGCUCCCAUGGAUCUGGAGUUAAAGAAGGCCUUCACAGAGUUUCAAGCCAAAGUAAUUAACACUCAACAGAAGGUGAAGCUUGCAGACAUACAGGUUGAACAGCUAAACAGAACGAAAAAGCAUGCACAUCUUACAGAUACAGAGAUUAUGACUUUGGUAGAUGAGACUAACGUGUAUGAAGGUGUAGGAAGAAUGUUUAUUCUUCAGUCCAAGGAGGUAAUUCACAGUCAGCUGUUAGAGAAACAGAAAAUAGCAGAGGAAAAAAUUAAAGAAUUAGAGCAGAAGAAAUCCUACCUAGAGCAGAGUGUGAAGGAAGCUGAGGACAACAUCCGGGAGAUGCUGAUGGCACGAAGGGCACAGUAGGAAAUCUCUAGCAGAAGCUUCCUGCCCCUUCCCAUUCCUGGCAAGGGCAGAGGGGCCCAUGUGGGGAAACAGCCUCUCUUCUACCCUGACGGACUUUUUAUUUGGAUGAUCUGGUAACCCUAUAUUUUCUUCUUCACCCUGAUCCCCUUUCAGAUCCCAGCUCUGUAUUUUUUAUCCUGGCUCUGUCUGCCACCCCUACCCAGAACAUUCUUCUCCCCUAGGGGUGAAUCACUAACUCCCAGGAGAGGGAAGAUGGGAGCCAGGACAGACAGGGGAGCUCUGCCCAAGCCUAUUACUCUGUACCUUGCUUAGACCAAUAAAAGGCAUCUGUCCCCCCCGCCCCCAAAAAAAGAUCCCAGAAGUGAUCACUUAUGCAUAUUUAGAAAGUAACCUUCACUAGGUACCAGCUUGGGUUUAUGAAAAGGAAUCAAACUAACAGCAACUAUAUCCUAAAAAAAAAAAAAAAGUUUAUACCAGUGGACCAGGAGACUGUGUGAUACCUAAUUCAUCUUGAUGUAGCUGCAUAUCUGAGUCAAGUUUUCAGAUCCUUGUGGACCAGGUAAAGAAAUGUAGUGUGAAAUAUGGUGCAGUUAGAUGAAAUUGAUGGGUAGAGUGAUAGCAGCCUCUCAAGGAUUACACAUAGCUUUCAGGCGCUGUAUUUGACCUUCUCAUAUUUGUCCAUAUAAACAGUGGAUACAGAGAUAGAAAUCAUACUAAUUUCAGUCUUCCACAUAAAAAAUCAGGAGGAACGGUUGUAUACACCAAUUGACAAAAUCCUCAAAGAGAGCAGAUCCUGCUGGAACAUGUACCCAAGCCAAAAAUGUAAAAUGCGAUAGGUGUAAACACGGUGCUUUAUGUGGCAUUCAGCUGCAGAAACACAGAAUGAAAAUGAAAAACAUUAGAAUGAAUGAAAUGAAAAACAUUAGACUUAAUGCUAAUCAGGCGAGAAAAGUUGUAGGGGUUUGUGAUCUAGCAGUAUGAUAUGGUUGCAGAAAAAUAUAUCCAGUGCCAGUGUAAUUUUAAAUUGCUUUUGUAAAGGAUUCUUAUCCAGAGUAAGGGUUGUCAUAGUGCACCUUUAUGGUAGCAAGUCCACAUCUGGAUUAUAGCAGGCUUUUCGGGGAACGACAUCGACAGAAAGGAGCAUAUUCAGAGAAGGGUGAUCAGGAAGCGUAAUUUAUAAAUUUCUUUGAUGCUUUCAUUCUUCAUCUCGGUGUGUGUAAUGAACUGUAGGAAUACAUUCUACCGUAGCAUGUUCUCAAGGAGCUUACUUCGUGUCAUUUCAUUCAAAGUGCAUGGAUCCUGAAUACCGGGGUAAAAUCCACUCCCCCCAGUCUGUUGACUUGAGCGAUUUGGUUUAACAGUGGUAAUUCUCCUUUCAUUGAAAAUGUAUAUUGGUUUCUGAAUGCUAAGUUAAAUUUUAUAUUCCACAUUACUAAUUUAUUCAGCCAUUGGGUGUCAGCACUGUUUCAU